AUGGAUACAAAUAAUCAUAUCGGUAUUACCAAGUCACUGGUGUUUGAUGGUAAAACACUGUCUAUCGGAGAAUUACCAUCAUUACAAUCAUUAAAGUUUAGUGAGGAAUAUAAUCAACCUCUUUCAGUUGGAGUGUUGCCAUCAUUAUUACAAUCAUUGGAGUUUGGCGAUGACUUUAAUCAACCAAUAUCAGUUGGAGUGUUACCAUCAUCAUUACAAUCAUUGACAUUUGGUUAUGAUUAUAACCAACCUCUAUCAGUUGGAGUAUUACCUUUAUCAUUACAAUCAUUAAAGUUUGGUGGUGGAUAUAAUCAACCUCUAUCAGUUGGAGUAUUACCUUUAUCAUUACAAUCAUUGGUGUUUGGUUGUUGCUAUGAUCAACCUCUAUCGGUUGGAGUAUUACCAACAUCAUUACAAGCAUUGAAGUUUGAUAAUGAAUAUAAUCAACCACUAUCAGUUGGAGUAUUACCAUCAUCAUUACAAUCGUUGGUGUUUCAUUGGAAAUUUAAUCAACCUCUGUCCCCUGGAGUAUUACCAUUAUCAUUACAAUCAUUAUCAUUUGGUGAUGACUUUAAUCAACCAAUAUCAGUUGGAGUAUUAUCAACAUUAUUACAAUCAUUAAAGUUUGGUGAUGCAUAUAAUCAGGCAAUCCCAGUAGGAGUAUUACCAUUUUCGUUACAAUCAUUGGUGUUUGGUAAUGGAUAUAACCAACCUCUAUCGGUAAGAGUACUACCAACAUCAUUACAAUCAUUAAAGUUUGGUCUCGGAUUUAAUCUACCCCUAUCAGUUGAAGUAUUACCAUCAUCAAUACGAUCAUUGACAUUUGGAGGUAGAUAUGAUCAACCACUAUCAGUUGGAGUAUUACCAUCAUCAUUACAAUUAUUAGAGUUUGGUGGUAGAUAUAAUCAACCUCUAUCAGUUGGAGUAUUACCAUCAUCACUACAAUCAUUAAAGUUUGGUCCAAUGUAUGCCCAACCACUAUCAGCUCGGGUAUUACCCUCAUCAUUACUAUCACUAGAGUUUGGUGAUGACUUUAAUCAAUCACUGUCAGUUGGGAUAUUACCAACAUCAUUACAAUCGUUGAAAUUUGGAGGUAGAUAUGAUCAACCUCUAUCAGUUGGAGUAUUACCAUCAUCAUUACAAUCGUUGAAAUUUGGUGAUAGAUAUAAUCAACCUCUGUCAGUUGGAGUAUUACCUUUAUCAUUACAAUUAUUAGAGUUUGGUCGAGAUUAUAAUCAACCACUGUCUCAUGGAGUAUUACCACCAUCAUUACUAUCAUUGGUGUUUGGUUGUUGUUUUAAUCAACCAAUAUUAGUUGGGGUAUUACCAUCAUCGUUACAAUCAUUGACAUUAAGCAGAGACUAUGAUCAACCAUUAUCGAUUAGAGUAUUUCCGCGAUCAAUAAGGUCGGUCAUAUUUCAUUGGUUUCUUGUAAAAAACCCCUAUCUAAAAAAACAACAAAGACCAUUAACCAUCCAAUCCGAUUUCAAGAAAUCAAUUAAAGUUGGAAGAUACUAUCUUGAAAUAGGACCUUAUCAAUUAUUAAAGCUUCCAUCAAAAAAGGAUUCAAUCAUCUUUACAUAUACUGGAUCACCGAGUGAUAUCGAUAUUACCAAUUGUUUUAAUCAACCAUUGCCACUUUUGAAUGUGUUAUCUAAUCCCAACUCUAUCAACUACGAUCCAAAAUAUGUAGUGCCUUACCCAUUUAAAAAGUGUAAUUUUGUUACUGUCAACAACCACAAAUAUUUCAAACUAUACUCAUUUCCAUGUACAUUAAACAAAGUAUUUUUAGUAAUAUCUGCUUCUUCUAGUGAGUUGGCGGUGAUCUUGAACAAUUAUGUCAAUCUAAAACAUUAUGAAAGAGUCAUAUGGAGUUACAUUGAUCGAUUAUUCCUCAUACUUGAAAAACUAGCUCAACACAAUCUUGCACAUCUUGAUAUCAAACCACUCAAUCUAUUUAUUGGAAACAAUGGUGAAAUAGUUCUUGGCGAUUUUGGUUGUUGCCGAUACGUCAUGGAACGAAAUCAAACCUUACCAACAAUUAUUGUUGAAAAUAAUCCUUUGACAAAUCCAACAAAUCGUAUAAUCAAACAAGAAUCAAUUAGCGUUACCCCGCUUACUGAUUUAACUCGUGGGACACAAGGGUAUUACCCACCAGAAUCAAAAUUUAAGGAAUAUCACUCUAAAAGUGAUGCCUAUUCGGUUGGAAGUACCCUCCUCAAGCUGCUUUCGUGUCAUCCAGAUGAUGCUUCCAACAGGGAUGAAUUUGUAGAGAAUCAUAGAAAUAGCAAGUAUAAUCCAGAUCUUGUUAAAAUAUCCCCAAUCAGAUACUCUUUAGCUUUGAUUCAAUUUGUCAAGAAACUAUUAACUGUCACACCUCAAGAUCGACUUUCAUCAGAUGAUUUAACAGUUGAGUCACUAGAACCAGGCACACAGAUAAUCACAUCGCCAUUUUUAGUUGACAAAAGUAAAUUUCUUCCAAAUACCACCAAAUUGAUAUUUGAUGGAGACUACAACUGCCCUCUCAAUGGGCUACUUUCACCUACACUUGUAAAAAUAUUAUUACUUGGAAAAUUUAAUCAACCAAUCAAACAAGGUGAUAUUCCUCGACUAGCUGAAACAUUGAUAUUUGGACCAUCAUUUAAUAGUGAAAUUGAACCCAGGUGUUUACAAAAUAAUUCCCUAAAAGUAGUUGUUUUUGGUAGAUCAUUUAAUCACCAAAUAUCUGUUGGGCAUGGUACAUAUUGGUCAGGUGGCCCUUUCAACAAGUCCAGAUAUUUUCCUUCCAGGCCUACCAUUAAUAUAACCACUGAUAUUUGGAAUCAAGAAAAAGAGUCAAAUAUCUUUUCAAAGAAUUCAAAAGAGGAGUAUAAACGAAUUAAUAUUUACCAUACUGGGAGAUUAAAUGUACAUUACAUAGACACUAUCAAUUCAUUUACAAAAGUUUAUUUGGAAUCUAAAAUCAUUUUGACAAUUGGUGAAAAAUGUUAUGGAAUUGGAGAAAUUAAAAGAGAAAUCAAUUUAUUAUCAUGGAAGAAUAAUGAUAUUGAAUUCAAGAUGGAUUUAAAAGAUGUUAGUGUCAUAUCAUUUGUAGAGUCUUCAAUUUAUCAACAUUUAUUUUAUCAAAUUGAAAAGAAAAUAUUUAAAGAAAUGAAUCAAGUGGAUUUGGAUGGACAUGUCGUUGAUGGAUAUCCAUUAAAAGAUAUGGAGCAAUUAUUUGAAUUGGACAAUGAUAAUAUUCAUCAAAUAUUUCAGCAUAAUAAUCAAUAUUUAAAUAUUAGAUUUAUUCCAUUUCCAAAUUAA